AUGCAGGUGACAUUCUGCAGACUUCGGACUCACCAGUGGUGUUUCAUUCUGUUUAAUGUUAUCCUAUUUCAUGUCUUGUUUUUUGGGGCUGAUUUUGUGGAAGAAUACUUUCUGCAUGCUUUGCCUUAUGUAGAUAUGAAAGUUCUUGAAAUUAAGGAUAAGGCAAGAAAAUUGAACAUGGAGCCCCUAAGAAGUAAUCUUUCCAAAUAUUAUAUCUUGAGCCAGUCGGAGGCAUGUAAAGGGAAGAACAUAUUUUUGCUCUCUCUUAUCUUCAGUAGCCCAGGAAAUCAAACAAGACGGGACCUCAUCAGGAAAACCUGGGGUAAUGUGACCAGUGUCCAAGGGCACCCCAUUCUCACACUGUUUGCUUUGGGAAUGCCUAUUUUAGCAACUACCCAGCAAGAAAUAGACAAAGAGUCCCAUAAGAAUAAUGAUAUAAUCGAAGGAAUCUUUUUGGACAGCGCUGAGAACCAAACCCUGAAGAUCAUCACAAUGACACAGUGGGCUGUGACUUUCUGCCCUAAUGCCUUGUUCAUUCUCAAGGUUGAUGAAGAGAUGUUUGUCAACCUACCAAGCUUGGUAGAUUAUCUUCUUAAUCUGAAAGAACACCUUGAAGAUAUCUAUGUAGGAAGAGUUAUCCAUCAGGAUAUGCCCAACAGAGACCCUACUAGCCAAGAAUUUGUCCCUCUUAGCGAGUACCCAGAAAAGUACUACCCAGAUUACUGCAGUGGUGAGGCCUUUAUUAUGUCCCAAGAUGUGGCUCGGAUGAUGUAUGUAGUUUUCAAAGAAGUACCCGUUAUGGUGCCUGCUGAUGUGUUUGUAGGAAUUUGUGCCAAGUCUAUGGGCCUUAUACCCAUCCACAGUUCAAGGUUUUCUGGGAGAAGACAUAUCAGAUACAACAGAUGUUGCUAUAAGUUCAUCUUUACAUCUUUAGAAACUACAGAUGCUGAAAUGCCCUUGGCAUGGAAGGAAAUUAAUGAUGGGAAAGAAUGUACACUGUUUGAGACUUACUCUGGACUCAUUUCCUGCAAGCUUCUGACAUACCUUGACAGCUUUAAACGUUUUCAUAUUGGUACCAUAAAAAACAAUGUCAUGUAUUUUGGUGAUUAG